CUUCAUGAGUCGAUGUAGUAAAUCAUGGUUAUUCUUACACAUGCAUAUUUUUAGAUAGUUUCUCCUUGUGAUGAAUAUGCAUGGUAGCACUGCAAUAUUCUUCUCUUACACUGUGAUUUCCAUUGGUUGUAAACAGAUAAACUGACCUAGUACCAUGGAAGCAGCUAAUAACUCUGAUGUUAGUAUUGAUAGUUCUCAAAAAGCCUCUGAUGUUAGUAUUGAUCCAAAACCUCAAGUUAUAUACCGCUGCAAGAAAUGUCGAAGGAUAGUUGCAUCAGAAGACCAAGUUGUUCCACAUGAACCUGGUGAAGGCCAAAAAUGUUUCAAGUGGAAAAAGAGAAGCGACAAUCCCUACAACGAGCCACCUCAAUGCACCUCUAUUUUUGUUGAGCCCAUGAAGUGGAUGCAAGUUGUGGAAGAUGGUUGUGUCCAAGAUAAGCUUCAGUGCCUGGGUUGCAAAGCUCGGCUUGGUUACUUCAAUUGGGCAGGCAUGCAGUGCAACUGUGGAGCAUGGAUUAACCCUGCAUUUCAGCUGCACAAAAGUCGACUAGAUGAGUGUCCUCUUUAAAUGUUUUCUAUUUAUUAGUUAUGUAAAUCAGUUAAGAACUAACAGUCGUCCUACCCGCGACUUUUUUUUAUUGGUGGAGUAUUUGAUGUAAAGUUGAUCACAAGCAAUUAUAGUUUUAAUGGAGUU